UGAACGUACACACUUGCUCUCCACCCACCCCGCUGUCCAGCAAGUAUCUAACCCACCCACCCACUUCAACCCGUCCCUCUGAGAUUGACCUGCUUGCUGACUGCUGUAUGAGGGACAAGAAAGCACCUAACACUGGCUGUCCAAAUCUAAUACUGAUGGACAGAUAGAAUCUGGACCUCAAAUAGAGACAGGCGGACUGGAAAGACGCGUUUCGACAGUGACGGUGGAUGGGCUAAUCCCUCGCGAGGCUUCGUCACCACUCCGGCCGGUGCGGCCCAUGGACCUGCGUACCCAGGGGCUGGUGCGACCCGGGCCUGACUCAGCCAUGCUGGCCCCCCACCUCCCCCCAUUCCUGGGGGCCUUCUCAGCCCAGCACUGUGCCAAGUACUCCCAGCAGCUCCUGCCACAGCACAUCCAGUACCAGUUUGACAGGGAGCAGAGUCGGCAGGAGAAAGAGCAGGAGAAGAGACAGGAGCUGCAGCAGCUGAUGCACAAGGAUAAGAGCGAGCAGAGUGCUGUGGCCAGUCCCCUGGUGAAACAGAAACUCAGAAGCCAAAUCCUGAAGAGGAAGGAGCAGGCCGCCCUGGAGAGGACCGCCUCCAACCUCUUCGGCAGCACCACGCCCAGGGGUUACAGGGAAUUGGCCCCAGAUCCUGACAUGACCCCAAAGCCUCACAUGGUGACCCCUGAUGUCCAAAAUCCACUAUGUGACCAACGCAAGGACAUGCCCCUCAGAAGAACAGCCUCGGAGCCCAUCCUGAAGGUGAAGAGUAAACUGAAGAAGCACAUCAACUCCAGACAGAACCCUCUCCAACGCAAAACCAGUGCUCCCCCUACUGUCAAGCACAGAACUCCGGACACUCAGGACUAUUCCCCCAGCAGCAGUAGCACUCCAGUGUCGGGGUGCAGCUCGCCCAAUGACAGCCUCCUCUCGGAUAGCCCACUUACUACCGGACUGGCCCACGAGGCUCAAAGGUUGCUGCUCCAGGAUGGCACACUGGCCCACUUCUCCUUGCCCUGCUCCACCGCCCUGCCCACCAACAGCGCCAGGCUGCCCACCCAGGGUGACAGGGAGUCGAGUAGCCACCAGAGGGUGGCCAGGGUACUGCCCCAGGUCUACCUGCCCAUGGAGGGCCUCAGUGCUGCCCAGCUGGCUCACCAACGCCUCCAGCCCAUGCUCAUCCUGGAGCCCUCAGUGCUGCUGCACACACAGCUAGUCACUGUGCGAGGCCUGAGCCCUGGCCCUCUCCAGUACCCCUCCUCCAGACUGGAAUGCCUGGCUCCCCUGGGCCCCCACAGACCCCUGGGUCGGACCCGCUCUGAGCCCCCCCUGCACUCUCACCACCACCAGCACCAGUUAAUGCAGCAGUACCACAACGCACUGCUGCUGGAGAGACUCAAACAGAACACACACCUGGGCAAGCUCAUGACCAAGUCCAGUGAGAAGCCUCGUGUCACACAGAUCCCCUCGAAGGACAUGGACCCGGCGGAGACCAGGCCUGGCGACGGCUACCAGAGGAGGAGACAGAGUGGGACCAGUAGCACUGAGUCAAUGUGGGACACAGAGUCCACCUCCUCAGGCGAUUACCUAGGAGAUCACACCAUGGAACACACACCUCUGAUGAAUCAGUCAUUUCGUUGGGAGCAGCCCAGGCACCUCCAGGUCCUGACAGACAGGCGUAGACAAGCGACCCACCUGGACCCCCUAGGUGUGCCCGUGGUUCUGGGCCCUGCCCACCGCCCCCUUGGUCGCGCCCAGUCCUCCCCCGCCUCCACCUCUCUACCCCCUCCUCCACGGCCCACGGACACUCCACAGUCUCUGGCCGGCCCUGGUCUGGAGACCACCUCCAAGCUACGCUUCACCACUGGUCUGGUGUAUGACUCUCAGAUGCUGAAGCACCAGUGCACCUGUGGCGACAACAGCCGACACCCCGAGCAUGCUGGAAGAAUCCAAAGCAUCUGGUCCAGACUUCAGGAGAGAGGCCUCAGGAACCAGUGUGAGUGUAUCCGGAGCAGAAAGGCAACUCUGGAGGAGCUUCAGUCUGUCCACUCUGAGAAACACGUCCUGCUGUACGGCACCAACCCACUCAACCGCCUCAAACUGGACAACCGCAAGCUGGCUGGAAUCUUAUCUCAAAGGAUGUUUGUGAUGCUGCCAUGUGGAGGAGUCGGAGUGGACAACGAUACGAUCUGGAAUGAGACACACACGUCGACGGCGUCUCGCUUGGCGGCAGGCAGCGUGACGGAACUGGCGCUCAGGGUAGCACAGGGAGAGCUGAAGAAUGGCUUUGCAGUGGUGAGGCCCCCUGGACACCAUGCAGCCCGCUCUACCCCCUUGGGUUUCUGCUUCUUCAACUCCGUGGCCAUCGCAGCCAAGCAGCUCCAGCACAAACUCAGCAUCAGCAAGAUCCUCAUUGUGGACUGGGAUGUUCACCAUGGCAACGGUACCCAGUCAGUGUUCUACAACGACUCCAGCGUGCUGUACAUCUCCCUGCAUCGCUAUGACAAUGGCAACUUCUUCCCCGGUAGCGGUAACCCAGCCGAGGUUGGAGCAGGAGCAGGUGAGGGCUUCAAUGUCAAUGUGGCGUGGACGGGAGGCUUGGACCCUCCCAUGGGCGACGCUGAAUACCUGGCAGCAUUCCGGACUGUGGUGAUGCCAAUUGCCCACGAGUUCUCUCCUGACAUGGUGCUGGUCUCAUCUGGUUUCGAUGCCGUCAAGGGACAUCCGGCGCCGCUGGGGGGCUACAAAGUGUCGGCCAAGUGUUUUGGCUUCCUGACACAUCAGCUGAUGGGGCUGGCGGGGGGCCGGGUUGUCAUGGCCCUGGAGGGGGGUCACGACCUCACGGCCAUCUGCGAUGCGUCGGAGGCCUGCGUCCGCAUUCUGCUGGGCACUCAGGUGGAGCCCCUGUCUCAAGCUGUUCUGGAGAGGAGACCCUGUCGCAACGCUGUCCUCUCUCUACAGCGAGUCAUACAGGCCCAGGGUGAGUACUGGCGGUCGUUGAGGGCAGUGGCCCACACAGUGGAUCAGUCCUACCUGCAAGCCCAGGGACAGAGUCUGAGACGGAACUCAGAGGACCACAACAACACAGUGUCCGCCAUGGCCUCUCUCUCCAUGGCUAGCCUCACCACAGACAGGACACACAGAGAUGAACUCAUGGAGGGGGACUGUGACUCCAUGUAGACAAGUGCACUUUCUGAUAAACCUAUCACACAGACAAACACACUGUCAUCCACUGUCAUCCACUCGGCGCUGCUUCACUUGACCAGAAUCCACUGCCUCCAGUUGUCACUAUACGGACCACAUUCUGACCUCAAUAGUCAAACUGACUAGUGUACGCCUCACACACGCCCUACACCUCAUCGGAACACAGUACUACUGGCCUUACUAAGACCACUCGCCUUCUUCGACCGCAACUUUACCACACACUGAGAAGGCAUCCCAUUAACAGGGACCAAGAGGAAGGACAAUGAACACUUGUGUUCUUGACAUGCCACUCCGUGCCUUUCCGGGUGUGUUACUCCUCCAUUACCAUGUAACAUUGCGAAUUGUGAGGACACAGAAGGAGAGGAGCACCAGACCUGAGCAGAAACUGGAAGGGUGUAUAUUUAUAUAUAUAUAUAUAUACACUCUUACUCCAAACCGCUUUCAAACACCACUGGGGAGGUUACGACUUGACUUGUAUCAUGAAGUGACUUGACAAAGACCAGCUAGACAGCUGGCUGUAAACAGAGUCUCUCUGGGGAAGAGGACAACUUUUUGUUGCCUUGGUCACAGGUUACCGCGGAGCAUCGCCAGGCCGAAUCACAAAAGGAAGUAGGAAUUUGUCCCACGUCCCCACAGGAAGUCACUAUGAAGGAAAACAGACAUUGAACACUCACCAGGGGACACCUAAAACGCAUCUCGUUCCGAUGAUGUCAUUCGUAUUUAUGCGUCGCCAACAAAAUUAAGAAAAAGAGAGAGGAGACUGAGAAUUUUGUUCAGACUUUUUUUGCACUGUGCAUUUUGUCAUGUGAACCAAGGAGAGAAUGACAGUAUAGACCCCAUUGAAGCUCUCCUGGGAUUGGUGAUAAAAAAAUUAUGAAUGAUCAUACUUGUGUUUUUAAGCUGAUUGAAUUAUUGUACGUUUUAUCGAUUGCAUAUUGUAUUGCAAAUGUCAAUACAUAAUGGUCAUAUUUUUUUAUCAUCACAUAACGAACCCUAUGAUUCACGUGCACGGAUACCUGUGCAAAGCAUAUGCCCCUUUUCCCUUCCAGUCUCCAAAGUGGCCUUUUGGGUGGUGGUAUAAUUCCCCCCACCCAAAAAAAAUUUUUUGUUAAAAAUUUUUUUUUUUAAAUUGUGGUUCAGAACCUACUGCCCGCAAGUCGUUGUGACGUCGUCAAGUUCGCCACCCCACACCCCCGUCCAUUGGUUGUGUCAACCCACACGCCCGGUUGUACCAGUUUCCCAGUCUGCCAUGUACAGAGAUUUUAACAAUACUACUGGCCAUACUAUGCUCAAAAAUGUAAACGUUUUCACAACAGAGGCAUUUGGUACGUUAGAAAUUUCAAGAUAUUAAUUAUUAGUAUUUUUUGGGGUGGGGGGUGUCAUUUUUGGGGGGCAGCACCUGCCCCCUGAAAGGAUUUAGCAUGGCCCUGAUAGGUAUUAUAGUUGUUUUCCUUGUAUAGGACAAAAAAAACAUGCAAAGUGAAGGUAAGACUUUUUUAACACUCCCUUUCAGACAGCAGUUGAGGGCAUCUUCACAUUCUUUAUCAUUCUAGUGAUAAAAGUUAUUAGGAAUGAAUCAUAUGAUCAGUGAAACAAUUCAAUCAGGAAACACAGACAGUCAGCUCAAACGUUCCAAAGCUGUUUCAGCCAGUAACACACACCGCCAUACUGUACGGAGAAGUCCUACUCAAUGCUUGACCACACACAAAAUACAUGUUUAUGGAUGUCAAAUCAAAAUCGAAUCAAAAUGUAUUGGUCACGUACACAGAUUUGCAGGUGUUAUAACAGGUGCAGCGAAAUGCUUAUUCACUACAGCCACAAUAACAUCUUCUAAAUAUGUGUAUGUGACCAAUAACAUUUGAUUUGAUUUGACUAGCUCCAACAGUGCAGUAAAAUGUCAUACAAAUACAAUACAAAUAUACAAAUAAUCAAAACAAGAAAUAAAGAAAUGACGGAACGAGAACCCACAAUAUCCCAUAAUGACGAAGCAAAAACAGUUAUUUAGACAUUUUUGCAAAUGUAUUAAAAAAAACUAACUGAAAUAUCACAUUUACAUACGUUUUCACACCCUUUACUCAGUACUUUGUUGAAGCACAUUUGGCAGUGAUUAAAUCCUUGAGUCUUCUUGGGUAUGACACUACAAGCUUGCCACACCUGUAUUUUGGGAGUUUCUCCCAUUCUUCUCUGCAGAUCCUCUCAAGCUCUGUCAGGUUGGAUGGGAAGCAUCACUGCACAGCUAUCUUCAGGUCUCUCCAGAGAUGUUCGAUUGGGUUCAAGUCCGGCCACUCAAAGACAUUCAGAGACUUGUCACGAAGCCACUGCAUCGUUGUCUUGGCUGUGUGCUUAGGGUCGUUGUCCUGUUAGAAGGUGAACCUUCACCCCAGUCUGAGGUCCUGAGCACUCUGGAGCAGGUUUUCAUCAAGGAUCUCUCUGUACUUUGCUCUGUUCAUCUUUCCCUCGAUCCUGAUUAGCCUCCCAGUCCCUGCCACUGAAGAACACCCCCCCCCAGCAUGAUGCUGCCACCACCAUUCUUUACUGUAGGGAUGAUACUGAGGAGUAGCUUUCGUCUGGCCACUCUACCAUAAAGGCCUGAUUGGUGGAGUGUUGCAGAGAUGGUUGUCUUUCUGGAAGGUUCUCCCAUCUCCACAGAGGAACUCUGGAGCUCUGUCAGUGCUCCAAUUGAAUUUACCACAGGUGGAAUCCGAACAAGUAGAAACAUCAAGGAUGAUCAAUGGAAACAGGGCUCAAUAUCGAGUCUCAUAGCAAAGGGUCUGAAUCCUUAUGUAAAUAAGGUAUUUUUUUGCUGAUGUUUUAAUACAUUUGCAAAAAAUGAUAAACAACUUUUUUCCCGCUUUGUCAUUAUGGGGUAUUGUGUGUAGAUUGAUGAGGAAAAUGUUUUAUUUAAUCCAUUUUAGGAUAAGGCUGUAACGCAAUAAAAUGUGGAAAAAGUCAAGGGGUCUAAAUAGUUUCCGAAUGCACUGUACAUGGGGCAUUAGUCUCAAGGUGCAGGGUAGAGUACCGGGCAGGUAGCUGGCUAGUGAUGGCUGUUCAACAUACUGAUGGCCUGGUGAUAGAAGCUGUUUUUCAGACUCUCGGUACUGUCUCUGUCUGUUAGAUGGUAGCAGAGUGAACAGACUGUGACUCAGGUGGCUGAAGUCCUUGAUGAUCUCUUUGGCCUUCCUUUGAUACUGAGUGUUGUAAAUGUCCUGGAGUACAGACAGCAUGGCUCUGGUUAUGCGUUGGGCUGACUGCAUCAACCUCUGGAAAGCCAUGGAGUUGAAGGCGGUGCAGGUGCCAUACCAGGCGGUUAUGCACCCAGACAGAAUGCUCUCAAUGGUGUAUCUGUAGAAGUGCUGAUUUUCUUCAGCCGCCUGAGAUUAAAGAGGCGCGGUUGCACCUUCUUCACUAUGGUGUCGGUGUGGUGGGACCAUUUCAGGUCCUCAGUGAUGUGCAUGCCAAAAAAACGUUUGAUCCUCUCAAAGCUUUUGACCCUCUCAAAUGCAGCCCCGUCGAUGUGGAUGGAGGUGUGCUCCCUCUUCUGUCUCUUAUAGUCCACGAUCAGCUCCUUUGUUUUUUUACAUUGAGAGAGAGGUUAUUUUCCUGGCACCACUCCACCAGGACUCUAACCUCUUUUCUGUAGGCUGUCUUGUCAUUGUUGGUAAUCAGUCCUACCACUGUCGUGUUUUCAGGAAACUCGAUUAUUGUUGGAGUUGUGUAUAGACACAGUCAUAGGUGAACAGAGAAUACAGGAGGGGGCUGACCACACGUCCCUGGGGGGCCCCUGUUGAGGAUCAGCGUGGCAGUGGUGUUGUUGCCUACCCUCUCCAUCUGGGGUCGGCCCGUCAGGAAGUCUAGGACCCAGUUGCACAGGGAGGAGUUCAGACCCAGGUUUAUGAGCUUAGUGACAAGCUUGGAGAGCACUAUGGUGUUGAAAGCAGAGAUAAACAACAUUCUCACAUAGGUAUUCCUCUUGUUCACGUGGGAUAGGGUGGUGCGCAGUGCAACGGCGAUCGCAUCAUCCGUGGAUCUUUUUAGGGUGGUAUGCAAAUUGUAAUUGGUCUCGGGUGUCGGAUAAGGUGGAAGUGAUAUGGUCCUUGACGAGACUCUCAAAAUACUUCAUGAUGACAGAGGUGAUUGCUAUGGGGCGAUAGUCAUUUAGUUCAGUUAUCUUAGCUUGCUUGGGUACAGGAACAAUGGUGGACAUCUUGAAGCAAGUGGGGACAACAGACUUGGAUAGCGAGUGGUUGAAUAUGGCUGUAAACACUCCAGCCAGCUGGUCUGUGCAUGCACUGAGGACACAGAUUGGUAUGCUGUCUGGGCUGGCAGCUUGCGAGGGUAAACAUAAAGUUUAAAAAAUAUAUAUUAUAAUAAUGGUGCUGGGUUUAACGCAGAUUAUUAAAACAGUUGAAUGGACUUCAGAUCAGUUACUAUAAAUGAGUUGUUUAACUAUGGAUGGCACUUAAAAGUUGUAUGUAGACAACACCGGACUCACAAAAAAGAAAUGCACUUACGAUGUCUUAAGUAUUGGAAUUGUGCUUUAGUAAAAUUACCUAUUUUGUACGUGUAUUCCACUCUGGCGAUGCCUUUUUUUAUUGUUGUUCUGUUGUGAUUUCACAAAGACAAGUGUUUUAACAUGUGGAUUGAUUGUUUGUUUUUAUUGUUGUUCUGUUGUGAUUUCACAAAGACCAGUGUUUUAACAUGUGGAUUGAUUUUUUGUUUUUAUUGUUGUUCUGUUGUGAUUUCACAAAGACCAGUAUUUUAACAUGUGGAUUGAUUGACAUGCCUGCUCUAUUUUAUAUAUCUAUAGGCUGUAUUUCUUGAUACUUGCUUUUCUACAAAUCUAAAAGACAGGUGAACUAGGAUUUGUUCACAUCUGAAACCACUCUAUUUACAAAAACAGUCAAUGAUUUUUGUUCCUGGACCAAAGUGCUGUUGGACAGUUAGCAUUUAGCCGUCGGAGUUAGCUUGUUGAGCUAGUUGACUUUCCAUGUAGAACAAUUGGACACAGGUUGAGAGAAAUAAAAGCCUAAAAGUCUUAUGGGAACAUUAUGGUAGGGCCUCUGAGCAUAACUUCAAAGAUACUUGUGAAUUCCUGAUAGUAAUUGUAUCUAAACAGAGAUUUUGCAGCUAAAUAUCACCAAAGAAGGAUUAAAAACUGCUUACAUUUCUUGUUGGCCCUUUCCAUGAGAUAAUGAUGUAAUAGAUUUCUAUGUUGUCCUUUUAAUUCCUUUGCAGUGCUGUGCUUAUGUAUUGUGUUUUAUGAAAAUCUGAUGGUGCUACAGGUUAAUUUGAACUAUCAUGUUAUAGUUUUUAAUGGUGCUGUAUAAUAUACAUUAUACAACCAAGACCUUACACUCUUAGAUAAAGGGUUCCAAAAGGGUUAUUCGGUUGUCCCCAUAGGAUAAAUAUUUUUGAUUCCAGAUAGAACCCUUUUUGGUUCCAGGUAGAACCCUUUUGGGUUCAAUGUAGGACCCUCUGUGGAAAUGGUUCUGCAUGGAACCCAAAAAGGUUCUACCUGAAACCAAGAAGGUUUCUUCAAAGACUUCUCUUAUGGGGACAGCCUUUUAGGUUCUAGAUAGGACCUUUUUUUAAAGAGUGUAUUUGACAAGACCCUGCAAUAUAUGUAUGAUAUUAAUGACAUUGACAAUGUGAAAAUGACAUCAUUGAGAAUGAAAUAAUACAUUUACCUAUGAUCAAGUAGAACAAAAUGGCCACCACAAAUACAUUCUUGAUAUCUUUUUCAGAAAGGUCCUAUUUCAUAUUUUAUUGUGGUUUAUUUCCGGUUUAAUUCAAUUAAUUCUGAGAAUAUUUGUGUUCUGUAAAUGUAAAUCUAUUUUUUGAGAAUCAACAAUCCCUUUAAUUGUCUUAAUAUGAAUUAUUGCUCUUUCUCUGAGUGGUUGGUUAUUGAUGUUGUCGAUAGCUACUGAGACCAAAAUACAGACAUCCUGUGCUUUGAAUUAUACUGACAAACCUAUAGAAAGGAAGCUUUAUUGAACUGAAUCUUAAUUUAGAAAACAAGCCAAGUAGAGAUUAGAUAGGGAUUUUUUUCUCACUGCUUGUCUUUAUUGGUUUGUACUUUGUACUUGUACAGUAAAAAAUAAUGUUGUGUUUUGUUUUUUUCUAUAUUUUUUUCUAUAAACUGUUUUCCUCAAUAAAAGGGUAAUUAAAGUUC